AUGACAAAAUUAAUGAAAGAAAAUAUUUAAUAAUAUAUAUUCAACAUUUUGUGCAAAUGUUAAAAAAAGCACUCUUACAAAGGGAGUACAAAACAGUAUAUAGUGCUGUGUGGUACACUAAUUUACACUUGACAGUGUUUAGAAAGGUUUAACUUUUCAUUGUUAAAUACACCAGUAUAAGCUGUUUUGUUAAUUCCAAUCCCAGGCAAAAUGUAAAUUAAAAAUACAGAAAACUGCAUUCUUAUACUGAAAGAAAAAAAGUAAUUACAGAAGUGUGUGCCAUCUAAUUUCCCCAGUGCAGCUGCUGUUGUAUGUCAACCACUGUCUGUGUAAUUUCAGGCAACGUGCUGUAAAUCGAGGCAUGUUUAAUGCAAGGUCAGACACAGUAGUUGAGGAGAGAUCCCCUAGUGAGACAGGGAGAGGGGACGGUGUCUGCACAGCUUGCACAACAGAAUCCUGCUCCCCCAGCAGGAUCACUAGCUACAGCCGUGGCAGCAGCAGCAGUCCCUGCGUGUCUAGGGAUGCCAGCUCCGAUCUGGACUACUCAGAGUCUUUCGAGUCCCAGCACAGUUCAGACAGGUCUCAACGUAGUUCAGGCGUAAAACCAUUCUCAGCUAGCAAGAAGCAGAAUGAGAGCAGGGAUGUUUUGCCAGCGGUCAAAGGUGAGAGAAUGUGUAUGAGGUAGUAGUAGUAGUCAUAUAGACAAGCAUAAGCCACUGUGUUUUAUUCUGAAAAAGGAACAAAUAUAAUCCCCAGCGACUGAGCCGUUGAAAAAAUAUUAAAAAUAGUAUAGAACAAGGCAUGUAAAAAUGAAUUCCCCUCCAAGGAUACUGAUAACAUUAGGAAUGUCCAUGCACAGAUACAGCCUUCAUAUACCAAACAAAUCCAAAGCCAUAACAUGCAAGCCCACCUUUUCUAAAAUGACUGCUUGUACAUAGUUCCUAAAUAUAAAGAGCUCCGUUCUCAACCUCUCACCAAUUCAUCUCUCUAGUAAAUCUAAUUUCCAGAGGUGCUACCAGUUUGUCUUCAUCAUGAGAUGCUAUGUGACUUAAGUAAACCAUCACAUAACUUUAGCAGGACAGUAUGAGUGUGUAAUCUGAUAUUUCUUCUGUAAGUACAGUGACACCAAAGCAUUUUCAUACUGCCACAAGGUCACAGGUUCAAUGUAAAUCCUUUUGUUAUUGUUAUUUGUUACUUUUUCCCUAGUUCGAAAUAAGAACCCAUUGAGAAAUCCGCAAAAGUGGACCAGCUAUGUAAGAAACAACCGAACUGGUAGCAUCCCUCAGAUUAGCAUGAUCUCCCAUAAGUCAGGGAGUGGGCCUACAGCGCGUAUCUUGUCGGCCCGGCUCCACCAAAUCAAGAAGCUGAGCAAUGACUUGCACGACCUGCAGGAGAAACUGAAUGCCGUCGACUUGGAGAACAAGCUCCUGAAGCAGCUGCAGAGCCGCCACGCCAAGGCUCUGAGGAAGUUUGAAGACUCGGAGAGCAGCCUGCCUCACAUGAUAGCUCAGCACAGCAGUGAGGUGAAGAGCCUGAGAGAGCAGCUUCGCAGGUCCCAGGAGCAGGACCACAUCGGGUCCCACAAGCUGAGGUCAUGCGAAGCAGAGCUGCUGCGUACCAAAGACAGCCUGCAGAGGCUGCAGCAGCUCUCCGAGGACAAGAAGCUGGAAGAGAGGGAGGAACUUGCACGCAAGCUAAGGGUGCUCCGAGUCAGCACUGGAUACCAGGAAAAGAAGAUUCAGGAACUAGAGAAAAAGCUUGAGCUGUGCAAUACUUCAUUUACUCGUCACCUGGCAGCAGAAACCAGAAAGACCCUGGAAUCUCGAGAACUGUCAGAGUUCUUGCAGAUGCAGUUGGGUCUUCUCAGAAAGAGGAUCCAGGAAAAAGAAGGAGAAUUAGAAAUUCAGUAUAUCUACUCAAACAGACUGGUGAAAGGCUGUCCUAAGAGGGACGUCCUGCCAAGAGUGAGAAAUGUAACGAAAUCUGUUCAGACAGAUGAUUUCUUCCACCCACCACUGCCCUCUCCCUGCUCAAUGCCCGAUGCCAAGGAACAAGCGACAGAUACGGUGAAUAUGAUAACAAAUGUUUCAGAUCAAGAAAACCAAAGUGACAACGAACAAAUGGAGGAGCUGAAAACAGAAGAAAGAUUGAAUGGAGAUAAUUCUUAUAGACCAGAGCAGGAAAACAAAGAGGAAGAUGAUGAAGAUGAGGCGAGCCAGGAAGAAACUGAGGAAAUCGUCAGCCCGGAAGAACAAAGUAAGAGAGAAAGGGAGGACGAGGAAAAGCAUGAUUUGCUCCUUCGGGAGGCUCUAGAAAUGGAAGAGAGAGAAAGAAAAGACCAGACUCAAGAAAACAGUGAGAUGCUCCACAAUGAAGAAAGCAAGAACAGUAUUGAUGAGCUGUAUGAUUUUCCAGAGUUUUCCAAUACAGUGGAAUCCUCCUCUAAGCACAAUAAACCCACCGUUAAACAGAGGCGACAGUAUACAUUUAAAGAGACUGUCCAAAACCUGCACCACGGGCGACCUGCUCAUGGGAUGGCUGUCUUCAAAUUAAGCAACACAAACUGGAGCAUAACCCCCACAAAACAAGCCAGUGGACAGCUAGAAUGUGAGGAUUUGGGAAUAAGUGGAUACAAACCAUCCUUUUCCAAAGCCACAGCAGUGGCUAAGCAGAAUGGAGAUGGACUGGAGAUGAAGGGAGGAGCAGCAAGAAGCAAAAAGAGUAGUCUAAUGGAAGAACUUUUCAGUCAAAGAAAUAUGCCAGACAGCAAACCUGUGGGGCCAAGGGUUAGCAGCUAUAGCCAGGGAAGGAAUGCAAGAGCAAACUGCAAUGCACGUGCAAACCCUGCUUUACACACAAAGGACUGUGACUUUAACUUGAUGAAGAAUGACUUGCAGUGCACGAAGACGACAAUGACACAGCCUACCAACCCCUUGAAACAAAAGUGA